AUGUAUGCCUUGAUGGUCAAGACACAUCAACCAAUCUUCAAGGCUGUCUUUCAGCAUAUGCUCGAUCGUCCUGGCGAACCAUUUCUGUUUCACUGCACGGUUGGGCAAGAUCGUACUGGUGUCCUCGCAGCCUUGAUUCAGUCCUUGGCUGGCACAUCGGUCUCAGACAUACAACGAGACUACGCUCUGACCAGAGUUGGGAUCGAGCCAGUGAAGGGACUUCUGAAGCAGAAAGCUGCUUCGCUUGUGGAGCAGUUCCCCGAGCAUCCAAUGAUCAAGGCCGCGGCAACUUUUGAAUCUGAUGCGAUGCGGAUCUGCUUGGAGGCAAUGGAAAGGAGGCAUUAUGGCAUCGAAGGUUAG